AUGACACCGUACGCCCCAGCCGCAGCACUGCCACUGCCCCGCGUCUGGGACCCACUCCUCGAAGUGAUCCAAUCUCAUCCCCGUUAUGAGGAGCCGUUCGUCCGCUGCAUCGGCCAGCUCUUCUAUGGCGAAGGUCCACUCCGGGUGCAGGAGCGUCACUAUGUCGCAUUAAUGGCGGCCUCCCGGCACCGCUGCUCUUUCAUGGUCAACCUCUUUGAGCGCGAGUUCGAGGCGUGCGGCGGCGAGUUGGGGUGGUUGAAGGGUCUGGCGGCGUGCAGCCAGAAGCGGAUGCAACAUCUGGACGAGAUGAACCGAUUGCUCGCUCAUCAACCGUGGCUUUUUGUUGCUGAAGAUAUACGAGUCAAAGACGGCAACGGAGGCGACUCGCCGACGACGGCUGGUGACGGAUCUCUGCUGCAGAGUUUUCAAAGGUUCACCAACAACCUCGCCUUCACCUACGUCGACUUCUACACGUCGACCCGUAACGACACCACCAAGACGUUCAACCUACACGAGUUCUCCUGGGAUCAGCACGGAUAUAUGAUUCUCGAGGAGCAGUACCAGGAGCUGAUCGCCAAGCUGGACGACAAGUUCAACCUCACGCAGACGCUCACCUAUAAAACUAUGGGCGAGUACACCGACGUCGACACGUCCUCCUACCGUAUGGCAGUGUGGAACUACAUCCAGGCCCUCUUCGGCAUCCGCCACGACGACUACGACUACUCUGAGGUAAACACGAUGCUGUCGAAGGAGAUGAAGACGUUCAUCAAGACCGUCGCGUGCUACCCGCAUCGCGUCACGGAGGCGUUGCGCACGAGCGUGAUGACUGAUUUCAAGAACUCGGAGAAGGUGCACGUGAUGCUGAUGGUGAUGGAGGCGCGUCUCCAGUCCGAGUUGCUGUACUUCACGAGGACGCUGACGAACUACGACCGGCUGGAGCGGACCAUGCUUUGC